AUGGCAGCCUCAUUAUUGAAAGAGAAACAAUUGAGUUUUUGGUCCUCUCUCAUCAACCAAAACCAAAGUUUGAAAUUGCCAACAGAUUUUCCUCGAACAAUGAUGGAUGAGAAUGAGACCAACUCAAACACAAUUUUGCAAUACGAACAAUUGAAGGAAAUUAUUUCAUUAGAUGAUGUACUCUCCAGUCAGUCCUUUAAAGACAAGUUUUUACAAGUGACAGAUUCCGAAGCUCAAAAAUCGUUCACAAGAAACACUUUUGUAUUGUCUGUUUUUGCAUUACUUCUCGCUCGUUAUACCUAUGAAGAGACAUUUUUGAUUGGUAUUUUGCAAGAUGAAAACACAGAACGUGACUCUUUCAUCGUCUCUGCAAAUAUUCCAAUGCCAUCUGCUGACGAAGACACAUUUGAGGGAAUUUCCCGAGAAAAGUCGACCACGGAGUACAGUUUUAAAAAGUUAUUGUCAAACAUUCAAGGGGCUUUCAGUGACUCUGUUGGCAAUUUGUCACAAUUCGGAAAUGUUCAGAAUAUCCUUUCGGAGGUUGAACAAAAACAAGGAAAAGUGGAUACUACUCUUCUAGUUCAAGUUUCUUUCAGCUCGUACGAUGGCCCUUACAAUUUGGUCAACGCUUCCUCUUCUCCUUUCCCAAUCUCUAAUGUUGAUUUGCAUUUGCAUUUGGAUACUAAAACAAAUCAAGUGAGCAUUUCGUAUCAAACUAAUUUAUUCACAGAACUCAGAAUGCAAGACAUGUUGAAUCAAUUGAAGUUGGCUGCUAAACAACUUGUUUCAGAACCAAUACAAUCGAUUUUUGAUGUGUCACUUGUGACAGAAUAUGCCAAGACAGUCCUUCCACAUCCAGAUAAACCUUUGAAUAACGAUUUCUAUGGAGCAAUUCAUGAAGUAUUCCAAGAACAAGCAAAGAAAAUACCCCAACGAAUUACCAUGGUUGAUAGCAAAGAAUCUGUAACAUAUGAAACCUUAAAUAAGCUUUCCAAUCAAUUAGCUCGUCAAUUACUUGCCAAUGGAUUGAAAAGACAAGAAGUUGUCACCAUUUUUGGUCACAGAAGCUGCCCUGUAGUAUUGGCAAUUUUGGCUACAUUGAAAUGUGCAGCAGUUUUUAACAUGUUAGAUCCUGCUUAUCCAGCAGACAGAAUUAUUACUUGCUUGGAAGUGUCCUCUCCAUCUGCUGUCAUUUUGAUUGAAGCCUCUGGUCCACUUCCAAAAGAAGUCGUCAAGUACAUUCAAACCAAGUCCACUGUUCGAUUUGUGGUCUCUCUCAAAUCCAUUACAGAGAGUGUUUCUGAACAAAUCUAUGCGGAUUAUGCAGACACUGAUUUGAGCUCAGAUCCUGAAUGGCGUGACAAGGUACAAAUUACACAAGAUGAUUUUGCAGUGUGUACCUACACAAGUGGUAGUACAGGUAUUCCAAAGGGAGUUCUCGGUCGACAUGGACCUCUCACUCACUACUAUCCCUGGAUGAAGCAACGAUUUAACUUGAGUGAAAAUGAUGUCUUUAGUAUGCAAAGUGGUAUCAGUCAUGAUCCUCUCCAAAGAGAUAUUUUCACACCAUGGUUCCUGGGUUGUACCAUGUAUAUUCCAACCAAUGAAGAUAUUGUCAAUCCUGGUCGUCUUGCAGAGUGGUUUGAAGAAAAGAAAAUUACAGUGAGUUGUUUGACACCUGCCAUGGGUCAAUUAUUAACCAGUGCUGCCAGUAUUGCUACCACCAGCACUGGAGAACCUCUCAAAUUGAAUCAUUUGAGAUAUGCAUUCUUUGUUGGUGAUGUGCUCUCAAAGAAGUUUGUGAAACGUUUGUGUGACAUUUCUCCAAUUGUUCGAGUCAUUAACUUGUACGGCUCUACAGAGACUCAACGUUCUGUCACGUACUAUAUGGUUCCAAGACCUGGUGAAAAUGUAUGGAAACAGGAAUUCCUUUCGAAAGAUUGA